CGUGACCAUAAUAUCCCAUCGUGCCGCAAAUAAGUAAACAAAAAUGGCCGAGGAUUUACUUCCGCUCAUAGGGCAUAACAUCGGCGGUGAUGAUGAAAGUGAAUCAGAUAGCAAUGAAGAGGACAUUGCAGCAGAGACAGAAGAAUCUGUGGAAGAGGAUGAAAAUUACAACAACUCUAAGAAACAGAAGAAGAAGAAGAAGAAGGAUGAUGACAAAAAAAGAAUGGUCAACUUUGACAAAUCCUUGCCGACUGCCCAUUCAUACCUAGGCGAUGAUCUGGAAGAUGUACGUGGUCGUACCAUCCAUGACGAUGACUCGUGCGUGACGAUCCCCCUGCUGGCUCUGCCGGGGGUGGUGCUGGUGCCCGGUCAGACCAUCCCCCUCCAUCUAUUCCAGCAUCACAUGGUCGCCAUGAUUAAAAAUGUGGCAGAGAAGGACAAAACAUUCGGAGUCAUCACUUUUAGGUAUCAAUCUGAACACACCCCAACUCUUUCAAAUCUCGGAACUACAGCUGAGAUAUUCUCCAUCAAGGAUGAGACCGAUGAUAUUUCUGGCAUCUCCACUGUCAGGGUCAAGGCCAAAGGUCGUCAGAGAUUUGAGGUCAUUGACACACACAGAGAAGUUACAGGAAUCCUGGCAGGAAAGGUUCGCAUCCUGCCAGAGUGUUUGCUGACGGACAGUUUGAGUGGAGCUCGGCCACGGUCACUCUGCAAGUUCUGCUGCAACCCUGCUGACCAGGACUCAGUGGUCAAGACUGCUGUGGACAGACAAGGCAAUGUGCUUGCUUCAGUCAGCAUGGUGAACAACUUGCAGGUAAACAAGUUCAGCUGUGCCAAUUUUACUUGGUGGCCUCCGUGGGUUUACAAGAUGUAUGACACAAAAAACCUUUCUGAGAAGAUCCUGCGUGAGCUGCAGAGUUGGAACGAGGCGCUGCGGGUGUCAGUGUUCCCGCAGGACCCCACGGAGCUGUCGUACUGGGUGGCCCAGAACCUCCCCCUCGAUGACAGCAUGCGUCUGCAUCUGCUGGGCCUCAACUCCGCCGUGCAGAGACUUCGGUGUGAGCUCAGCAUCAUUCAGAAGUGCACAGUGCUCUGCUGCAAAGACUGCGGGACUCAGAUAACCCACAAAAAUGAGGUGUUCAGUAUGUCCAUGGAAGGGCCCCUCGGAGCCUACGUCAAUCCAGGCGGACAUGUUCACGAGACGCUCACCGUGUAUAAGAUUCAGAACCUCGGCCUCAUUGGUCGACCUUCCACUGAACACAGUUGGUUCCCUGGAUAUGCAUGGACGAUUGUGGAGUGCAAACACUGUUCCAGCCACAUGGGGUGGAGGUUCACGGCCUCCAAUAAAUCUCUCAACCCACAGAAGUUCUGGGGUCUGUGCCGAGCCUCUCUCAUUCCCGGAAUACAGAACACUGACGAUACUGAGGAGGAGUGGAUGCCUGUCAUGUGAUGGUCAUGUGAUUGUCAUGUGAUCUUAGUGAGCUGGUCAUGUGACCAGCCACUUUGGAUGGGACUGAUCAUCCAGCAAGUCUUUCAAUGGAGAAUGUUUUGCAUCUGUGUUAAACGCUGCUUUUCCAAAAAACAAGAUGGACACCAGUCAUGUGAUUGUCAUGUGACUUUUGUAGGUCACAUGAUUGUCAUAAGAGCCACCGGAGAGCCAGUCUGAGAUUUGAGACUUUCAGUGACUUGCUUGUUUGCAAACUUCUUGGUGCCCCUGCUACCUGGCAAAAUGGAUGGGUAUUUUGCAACUGAUUAUUUUGUGACUGAUUUGGAAGAAAAUGUGAUACUUUUGUAUUGCCAUUGUUUAUAAAGAAGUGUGAGAGAGUACAGAAGCUAUGAAAUCAGAAUGUGGGGGAGAUUGGUGAUAGAAUGAGCUGUAGUGGGAGAAUGUAACAUUGUGAUGUUGAUAACCAGAGUGUGGGGAAUUCAUAUUCUGUUGAAUGUCUAUUGCGAUUGUAAGUUGAAUUGUUUGAUAGGCAUUACUUAGAAGUUGACGGAUGACAAAGCAGACACAAAGUAAACAACUUCUUUUAUACUGUUACUGUUGCAUUUCGGUAAGAUCCUUAUACCGUUGUCAAGCAAGACUGAAUGAAGAACAUCGUAUACAGGUUAAACCGAAUAUAUAUAUAGUAGGUGGAGGAUUAACAGUAGAGGAUUAACAGUAACAACAAUUGCAUACAUGAGUGGGAUAACACCUGUUUCAUUAAGUAUUAGGCCAUCAUCAGAGGGAAGAGAAAAGGCUGAGCCGGUAGCAUCACAACAUAUUUCCAUAUUUAAAAGACAUUUUGGAAAUUGUAUCUUUUUUUCAUUUUAUUACAAAACAUAUAUCUUUGUUUACAAACUAUAUACAAUACUCAUAUUGAAAUAAAGAAAUCUAUAUU